UUCGGUAUUUGGUUAAUGUCAGCAAGUGUUGCUUCAGUUAUUACCACCGGGGAUGGCUUUUGAGCAAAAUAAAUGGCAGGAAUGCUCAUACUAGCGUCUGCGUAGCUACGUUGAGCUGUGCUUAGCCCCGUUGGCUCCGUGAACUGUGUUUGUACUCCUCCGCCGAAAUGCCAGCCCCAGGAUCCCGCGCGAGUUAGUGCGGACACCGACGUGAUGCGUGAUCGGCGUUGACACGCGUCGCAGUGUUCCCAAAUAAUGCAAUGCCGGGUGCUUGCGACCCUUGCCUGAAUCUCAACCGUCAUCAGAUGGUUCUGAAAAAUGAAUAGAAAAAAAAAAAUAAAAAAUCAUAUCGUGACGUAUGCUCAGUGGACAGAAGUAUUGGGACACGUUAAGGCCGUGAAUUUCAAGAAAACGUUGCAGCGGGGCACAAAACAGGCCUUACCCAAACUGCUCCUGCAAAGUUGGAAGUACAGAAUAAAUUAACCAGCUGUCUUAUUUGCAUAUUCUCCCGUGUGCAUAAGUCAUAAAGACGCGCAGGCAUUCCCUCUCAUGUCCGGCGGAGCACGCGUUCCAUCAAAGACUUGGCGUUUCCUCAUCCGCACCCCAGAGGCGACACAUCUUCCAAAUGGUUUUCUAUGGCAAUCGCAUGUCUCAGGGAAACUCCACUUGGCAGUUCUCGAAGCCUCCCCGUGUUCGCCCGGUACACACGGGGGGGGUGUGUCGGAAAACCAGCGCACUUUUACGACACACGGGCCGAGUGCGUAAAAAGGAGACUUGGGCGCAAACGGGAGAAUGUGGCCCAGAGUAUGCAACACCCACAAUCAUAAACGAUCAAGAUGUCUGCCAGAGGGGGGAAAAAGAAGGCCACCAAGCUGUCCCGCUCAACCCGGGCAGGGGUCAUCUUCCCUGUUGGCCGAAUGAUGAGGUAUCUGCGCACUGGCACACAUAAAUAUCGCAUCGGCAUGGGGGCGCCCGUCUACAUGGCAGCGGUCAUCGAGUACUUGGCAGCUGAGAUUUUGGAGUUAGCCGGAAAUGCUGCGCGAGACAACAAGAAAGGCAGAAUAACUCCCAGACAUAUUAAGCUGGCUGUGGCCAAUGAUGAGGAGCUUAACCAGCUUCUUCGGGGCGUGACCAUAUCAAAUGGAGGAGUGCUGCCUCGCAUUCACCCAGAGCUUCUUUCCAAGAAGAGAGGAAGCAGAGUCAAAGUGGACAGCCAGGCAUCCGUCCCCGAGAAGCAGGAAUUACGCUCCAAAAGCACCAAAGCCGUCAAACCCUUGAAAAAGGUUAAGGGCAAACGAGGGCGAAAGUCAAAGCGCACGGACAACGACAAAGAAUCUGUACCAAACUCCACGGCGGAAGAUGGUCCAGGAGAUGGAUUUACCAUCCUCUCAGCCAAGAGCCUGUUCCUUGGUCAAAAGCUUUCUCUUACAGUGACUGAAAUCGGCAAAAUUGGAACAAUCAAGGUGGAUGCUAUAAUUAACCCAACAAAUGCAGAGAUGGACCUCAAAGAUGGCGUAGGCAACGCUUUGGAAAAGGCAGGAGGCCAAGAAUUCCUGGAAGAAGUGAAGGAGCUACGGAAAGCACAGGGACCUUUGGAGGUGGCAUCUGUGGCAGUGAGCCAGGCCAGUGGAAUGACGGCCCGCGUCAUCAUUCACUGCAAUUUUCCUCAGUGGGGGUCAGAGAAGUGUGAGGAACACCUAGAAAAGACCGUGGAGAACUGCCUCUCGGCUGCAGAGGAGAAGAAGCUCAAGUCUUUGGCUUUCCCGUCACUCCCUGCCGGACGGAAUGGAUUUCCAAAGCCAACAGCUGCCCAGCUCAUCCUCAAGGCCAUCUCCAACCACUUUGUGUCAUCCACCAACUCCUCUCUGAAAAACAUAUACUUUGUUGUGUUUGACAGCGAGAGCAUCGGGAUCUACCUUCAAGAAAUGGCAAAGUUGGACUCCAAGUGAGGAUCUUAGUUGUUGAUUUUUCUUGGUGUGUCUUGCCGAUGGUGUCGAUAGCUGAUAACUACGGUGGCCUGGAAAUGCAAAACAAUAUAAGAAAUUGUGAAACACUUUUACAUUUCAGGAAACACCUGGAAAGGGAACAUCCCAUUUCACAGACAUUCUUAGGAAUGCCACGCAAGACCCGCCCCACUUCAACAUGAUUGGCUCCUGCAUCGCGGGAAGGGUAGGCUACGCAGAUGUACCACCGAGAUGUCCAUCCCAAAUAUCAUUUUUUUUUUAAACUAAGAAGUUUAUUAUGGUUAGGUUUAGGAGUUGGGUUGGGGUUACGGCAGUUUAGGAUGAGUUAAGGUUCGGAUUAUGGAGAGUAAGGCUAGCGAACACCGAGCACCGCCGCCGAACCUGACUGAACUAUGGCGCAAUGUGCGUGGUUUGGCAACCGUUUCCUUGAGCGGCCGAUCGGUCGGCCACUGGUUUUGACGCGAUUAAAAAUUAGAAUCUCCGUUGCACGGCGUCUUCACAUCCCAUCUUACAUUCAAUUAAAUUCAAUUCCCCUACGCUGAAAAUACAUUUGCGGGUUUGCGAGCCGUGCUGCCGCGUUGCCUCGGCUCAAGUCCUAAAUAGUACAUAGAGCAUCAAAUGUUGUUUAACGUCAAUGCUAAACUAUAUUCAUAAUGUAUGUGUGUGUCGAGGAAAAGCAUAGCUUGUGACCAGAAUGUAUGCAAGGUAGAUCCCUCUCUCGGUACAUUAAAAAAAUUAAUGGAGCCAGCAGCUUCCUUGCAAAUAUCCACAUUUUCCCUUUUUAUUUCUCGCCAGCCUCCUCUCUUUAACAACCUGCUUCUUCCUCAACUCUUAAUCUACCAUUUUAUGGUUGAAGAAAUGUGAUCAAGUACAAUAUAUUGUAUAUACAGCAUCAAAUGCCUAUAUAGGCUCGCUGUUCAGGGCGUCCAUAUAUACGAUCGCUAUUUGGGAUGGACAUCUCGUUACAUCUGCGUAGCCUACCCUUCCCGCAAUGCAGGAGCCAAUCAUGUUGAAGCGGGGCAGGUCUUGCCGAGAAAGGGCGUAGGAUUUCUAACGUCUGUGAAAUGGGACGUUCCCUUUUCAGGUGCUUCGUCUUUUGUUAAUUUGUUUUCUGAAAUGUAAAAAUGUUUCACUUCCAGGCCACUGUCGAUAACAGUAGUGGAUCUAAGUGAAAUUAAGAGGGAAAUGUGAGUUGAGUGGAAAGCUGUUGACCUUUAUGUUGCUGUCCCUUAUAGAUUAGGUAAUUUAAGUCCCUUAAGUUUGCCAUUAUGGUUGCUGUGUCACAGAUGUUUUUACAUUCCAUGUACAAAUAGAAGUUAUUUCGUGGCUUCUGUAGUUUCUGAUACACUAGUUACAAAAAAAGAAAAAAUUUGGUUCUCAUUCUGCUUUGAAAUAAAAUGUUUUACAUCA